CCGUGCCCCUUUCCCCUCACCUGAGCAGCGCUCGUGCUCUGUCCCCUCAGAGCCCUCAGGCACAAAAUUGGACGCUGCGAAGAUUCAGGUGUUCUUGAUAUUUUGUCAAAUGGCAAUUGAUUCUAUCCUCUAGUCUCAAUCGUAGCUGGUUUUCCUCUUAUCCGUGGUCGAAAUGGCUGAUAGCUUAAUGGAUUUUAGCGAAAGGUGUCGUUUGUGUAUUGAGCCCAAACGGCUGAGCAUAGACAUAUUCAGUGAGGAGGGCAGAAGAAUAAGGCUGAAAUCUAAAAUCAACAAGCAUCUUUCAUUGAAGAUAUCGCAAUCAGAUAGAUUGCCAAGCCAAAUAUGUUACCAGUGCCUCUUCAGAUUGGAAACAUGGGUCAGCUUUAAACAACUUUGUUUGGAGAGGGACCAAGUGAUGAAAACUUGGUCACAAUCUUAUCAAGAUGAAGCCUUUUGUGAAGUGGAAAGGACUUUCAAUGGUGGACCUGGAAUUUCUAAGAGCAGCAAGCCGAGACAGUCUGCAAAUCUAGCCUCUAAAAGUUCUCAAGUACAUUCUUUUCCAAGAGAUUCUGAAGGUAGCAAUGCCUUUGUUUCAUGCAGUCUAAUGGAUGAUGCAAAGAGUGACAAUUCUGUGUGGGAGGUUGUGAAAGUUGAUGAUACUGAAAACGGAGACUGUGAGACUAGCAAGAAUACUUCUCAAAACAAUGUAGGGGAUUCUAUCUCUCCUGAAACUGCUAAUAUUGAUAAACACGGUAUUACUAUCAGACAUAAGUCUCGAAAGCCAAGUAAAGUUCGUAGCUCAGGUUCUGAUGCAAGCAACGGCAAUGAUGUUGAUACAUCAUGCACUGUUUUGCUGGGUCAUCCUGUGGACCAUGAAACUUCCUUAACAUUAUUUAGCUCAGUUGAUCACAACAAGUCCUCCAAUUCUCAAGACACUUUUCCAGUUGGCACAAGCCCUAUUCCAGUGAAACGAAAGAGAGGUCGCCCUUCCAAGGCAUCAUUGUUGAGAGAGAGGGAGAUGAAAAAACUUAUGGAGCAAGAAAAGGCCUUAGCAUAUGCUCAUGUGAAUGACUCAAGUGACCAAGCUGAAUCUGAGACAAUAGCAAAUGAUGAGAUAUAUAAUGAUGACAUUGAGGAAGUUGCUAUGGAUGAGGCUAGUACUGAUGAAGCUUUAAAUCAAAAGGCUACUAAUGAAGUGACUACUGCAGCUGCAAUUACCGAAGAAGUAGUUGAUGAACCUGACAAUAGUGAUGGAAUAGUACAAGAUGAGUUAGAAACACAGCCUGAGCAGCCAGUGGGAUUUCGUUCUAAUGUUGUAACUCAAGACUUUGCCCCCAUUGAAAGGGACACUGGAUCUGGAGUGACUGAAGUUGUUUUAGAUGACCCUAUAUUUGGAAGCAUGAAGUUCACUUUAAGUGUUGUGGAAAUGGAGAGCCCAACAUCAAGUCCUAUCCCUACAGAUACUUACAAGUAUUAUAACUAUGCUUCAAGUAGUGGAAAUAUUAGCUCUGAUUCUGGCCACAGAGAAGAUUUUGAAGGAUUUGAAAGCCCAAACAGUUCAUGUGUUUUAAAACCACUGUCAAAUGAUGAUACUGGCUCGUCUGCAGAUGUAAACAGUCCUCCCAAAAGCCAGGAUGAUGUGACUAGUGAGCCUAAUGGUACGAAUGUUUCAUCAGGUACCAAAAGAAAACGCAGCAGCUCUGCCUCCAGUGAUUUUAAAGAAAUUCCUUCAAUCGUAGGAGCCAAGUCAAAUCAUAUUUCAAAAAGCCUGGAAAAUGUCAAUGACUUGAGUGGUAAACAGUGCAUGAUAGAUUUAGAAGAAAGGAAUGCACAUUCUGAGGGGGAAUCAUCUGAAACUACCAAUAAACGAUUCAGGAGAAAACCACCACUUUUUAAAGAUUUCUUUGAUGCUAAGUAGUUCUUUCCCGAGCAGUGGAAGAUUACCUAGGGAUGGACCUUUUUAUUUAUUUCAAAUUUGUGCUAUUCACCUUGCUAUAUUACGGUUUGAAGGAAAUAGCAAUAAUUAAUACUGCAACAAAUGUACAUGAUUUUGGAAGGUCAAACUAUUUUUAUUUUUCCUGAAAUUCCAAUUGACUUGUAAAGAGCAGCCUGUUUUAUAUUUUAACUCUAAUCUAUCUCUUUUUUUUGUGUUGCCCUAUGUGAUUGUAGAGCUAGUACAAAUUCCCUUGUUGUUCACUACUAUUAUCUUCUGUACAGCACACUUAGUUGGGACUAAGUGGCUUAUUUAUUAGGGCUUAACUAUCUGUUCUGUUCUCUCCUUUCCCUUAGUUUUGAAAGAAAAUUUACUUUUACUGAAUCACAUUCCUUUUCAGUAUCUGUCUGAGGCCUUAAUGAACUGAGGUGUUUCUCUUACUAUGUACAAAGGGUAUCUGCUUUGACUACUUUGCAAGUUCUGCCUGUGCUGAAAGUGACCUAUAAACAUUUUGUUUUUUGAAUCAAAUUUGGAAUUCUUGUUAGGUGCGAAUCAUAGAACUGGUUUAGAAGUUUGAAUGUCAUCCUGUCUUGAGUAUAAUACAUUCAUAUAUGAUGUUAUAUGGUACUGAAAUAUACUUAAUACUUACAAGGGUAAAAUA